CUGAAGGUUUUACCACAAUGAUGAUGCAAUAAAUGACCAAAUUACAUACUACUUAUUUCCUAACAUAAUGAGUAUGUGAGAAAGUAACACCUCUUUUAUCACGGAAGUACAGACGACCUUCAAUAGUUGCCAGUGUCGGUUUAGUUCAUUAGAACAAGAAAGACGGAAGCAUCAAGGAGCAAUGGCUGAACUAAAAUGGAUUAAAGUUCAUUUAUUUCUGUUCCUGGGGCUUCAGUUUACUGGUAAGAACAUAAAGAAAUAUUUAAAUGGCUCAGAAAAUAUAGCUGCUCAUAAUCAUAACAAGGAAACGUUUUAUUUAUAAUGCUACCACAAGUCAGUCAUUUUCUGUCAUUGAACAUCUGAAAUAUGUCUGCAAGCUUCCAGUUAAAUUGAAUGAUCUUGAAAUGUUCAAGUUUGUGUAUUUAUGUAUUUUUUACUGUCUGUUUUUGUCAACAGUGUGCACAAUAACUAGAUCAUCUGUUUUCAUAAGAUCUGGGGAUGAUACAGUUUUGUCUUGCCAACAUGUGAUAAGUGGUCAGAUAAACUGUAAUGGUACCGCAUGGCUCUAUAGUAACACCAGCGGCUCAGUAGAACUGGUUACACUGGGAAAGGUUAAAAAUGUUCAGAGUAAAUCUAACAGACUGAGUGUUGCAGCAAACUGUUCUCUGGUAAUGAGGAACAUCACAGUGAAGGAUGCUGGUUAUUAUGAAUGCCAACAAUAUAAAUCUGAAGCUGAACCCAGUAAACACAUUCUGGUUCAUCAUUCUGGAGUUUCUCUGUCUGUUGUUCACAUGAGUGAGCAGAAGGUUACAGAUGUGGUGACAUUAACCUGCUCUGUGGAGACGCGUGGUCAGUGUGAAUACAGAGUGAAAUGGCUGACUGACUGUUCUACUGGGAAUAUCGCUUCGAUCAACUGUACAACACAACACUCUGGCUGCUCUGCUGCAGUUUGUUUUCUGGAUCUUUCCUACACACAGAGGUGUGAGUUCCAGUGUGAAGUCACAGACGGUGAAACCAAACAGAUCUUCAACUUCAACCAUCAGUCCACAGAAGAUAAAUCAGGUAAAACUACAUGUAACCCAACAAGAAAAACUGAAGAUGCCACAUCAGUUUUGCCUACGAGAAAUUCUUUGUCCAGUGAAGGAAUAAAGAUCAUCAUCUUCUCUCUGGGUUUAGUGGCACUUUCAGGAUCUGUUCUGUUCGUUCACAUCUGGAUAAGAAUCAAAGGAAACAAAACAUGGACUGUAAGAAACAAAAGUGGUGAUGAUGAAGAAGAUGAACUGUAAAAACCCUUGAGACUGUUUGGUUUAUGUCAGAAUCCAUUCAUGAAUAUUACCCAGUCCUCAAUAUAUUAAGACCCAAACUGUUAGGCUGCAGACAUUUUCAUUAGUAUUGAUUUUAUAUGAUAGUUAGAUUAUUUGCACACAAGAGGGCAGCAGAGAGCCGGAAGUAGUGAAUCUUGUCACCUUGUUUUCAGGAAGAGGUUUGGUUAAUGUCAGACAGAAACCUGUUAACUGUCGUUUUGCUUCAGUUUGUAACCAGAGAUGCUAUCAAUAUGUAUGUUUUGCUAAUUCUUUGCAAAAAUAUUAAGA